AUGCCCUAUCCACGGCCUGUCUCCCCGGUCUCUCUCGAAACAUGCCCGCACUCAUCCUCGGAGAUAGACUCAGAUGACCUGGUUGCCUCGGAUGAUGAGUUGGAUGGUGCUGCCCGAGCUGCAAAGCGUCAGCGGGUCGAGAAGUUGGCGGAGUCUUAUCUGCAGGGCAAACCGCUGUUUAUUCUCUCCUCUUCGCUCCGAGGCCCGCUUGAUAAUGGAUGGGCGAAUCCAUGGAAGAAAAACAGGACACGGGGUACUGGCGCAGCAGUGAAAGCUCGCCAGAAAAAUGUUCCCGAGCCGGUGGUCCUGGAAACUGAUUUGCAGGCCUCGAAAUACCGAAAGGAUCUAUCAGUUGGUACUCGUCGUCCGGAUAUUCCAGCGACAUCUUGGAACUCCCCUAGGAUCUCUGUGCAAAUCGGAGACCGUUCGUCACCCUCUAAAUCGCCACGGAGACAUCCCAAGGAACCCAUCCCGCGCUCGGGGCAUACUGGGCAAAAUAGAGCGUUGCGACGGUCUCCCAUCAAAUCAAAGGAACCGCCGUCGGCGACAGUGGAUGAACCGUCGUUAAUGCCGCCUAGGACAGCGGAUUGGCUGAAGAAGGAUCGGAAGCUCAUGAACUUCACCAGGUUUGAACCGCCGAGCUCGCCAACAAUAUCUGUUGCUUCUCGUCAGUCGGACAAAGCUGGUCGACUGGCACCGCGCUCUGUUCAAGUCCAGGUCCCACAGACGCCGGCAUCUCCAGAAAAAUGCCAUCCUGUCAAGCCUGUCCUAGCAAAGACAGCUCAGAGUGCUCGUGUGAACUCGAACGAGCACGUAUCCCUGCGGUCCAUUCGGGCCACCUUGAAUUCACCUAAGGACCCUACUGUUCCUUCUCAUUUGCCCCGGGAGCCGUCUCUCCGAAUCGUUGAUUCUUCCUCUCAACUGCCGAGGUUUGAAUACCGGAGGUGGCCCCGUGAACGUUCUAGUCAACAGCUGAAGACUUCCCCUAUGCGAGAUGAAAGCAUCUUGCAAGAAGAGACUUUUAUACAGGAGGACAGCCCUCUGAAAGAAAAAUCCAUAGUCGAUCUCGAACCUGCCAGUCCUAGUCCCGCUAAGGAUCAAGCAUUGGAUCCUGCUGAACCUGAACCCGAACCCGAACCUGAACAACCACAACCACGACCUAGAACUGAAACUGAAACUGAAACUGAAACUGAAUCUGAACCUGAACCUGAGCCUGAACCUGAGCCUGAACCUGAACCUGAACCUGAACCUGAACCUGAACUCGAACUUGAAUUUGAACCCUCGGUUCCUGAAGAAAUACCAGUUCAGAAUGAGGACUCUAUCAAGAAAGAUGCAAGCCAUAAGACCUUGUCGAAAGAAACUAGGUUUGCAGAUGAGGAUGAUCUCAUAGAGGAUAAUCUUGGGGUGGAGGAAGCCGCAGCAGAAGGUGCCGCCGAUGCAGAGGCUGUGGCGGAAGAUGUUACAACCGAGAAAGAUAUAUCGACAUUCCAAAACACAGAUCACUCUGGAUCAACUGAACAUAACACCUACGAUGAUCUCCCUUCUGCCCAACAAGUGCCACCCCCCUUGGGAGUGUCAGACCGGGUAACGUCGCUUCACUCGACGGCUUUGGCAAGAGUAGACCCAGGACAAGACUCUCCCCAAAGCCCCGAUACCCAGCUUUCGACCCUGGCUGCCCUUUUGCAUGCCCAGAGGUCCUUUCAAGACGACCUGGACAGUCCAGAAUUUCACGCUGAGACACCGGAUUCGGACCGAGCAGUGCAUUCACCCGAUGCUUCACUUCGCUCAGCCAAUGUCACUCCAUUCUACCGUCUAGAAGAGUCGAUUCGACGUGAUCUAGAACGGAGUUCAAUAUCCAAGAACAAGGAUGGGAUGCAUGCAAUGAGCACGCAAUUCAUGCUCGAUGCAGCUACACCUUUCAAUUUCAGCACUGAGCAAGCUGGUCAAGAUCGGAGCUUGAAACCCACGAACAGAAAUAUGACGCAAGCAAUGAAUACGCAGUUCAUGCUCGAUGCAGCUACACCCUACGCUUUUAGCACAGAGAAGAGACAGCGUACAUCCCGACCAGACUCAGGUUCACCUACGGCGAGAGGCUCCAAGAGAAAAAGAACGGCCAAUAUCGGAAGCCCUUCUCCUUCUAUUAGGAGUCAAUCAACAUCUGUCGACAACGAAUAUCACACUGCGGAAUCCCAAUCAAGCGAAGAUGAUGAAAGCUCACGAUCAGUGGCCGAGCAGUUGGACCAUCAAUUAACUUAUCAAUCCCCCACAGAAGCUGCGUCCUUACCCCUCACCUUAAGCGAAUCGGUGCCAACAACAGGCCAGGAUGGACAAGGCGUUCGCCAGGGAAUGGAGAGCUUCAACCUCAGUCAGGCAAUUGCGGAUGCUGGUAGUUGGCUUCAACAAAGUUUUGAUUUCAUGAGCAGCGCUCGGCCAAGCAGGAGUUUCAACGCGAUUCCUACUUCUGACGCGCGCCCUUCCCCUUUAAACAUGGAUGUAUCUCAAUAA